AUGAAAUGGGAGAAGUUUAAGCCUCCAGAGCCAGAUGAUGCCAUGUGCUGUUUUGAAUGUGAUUUGGACCCACAUGGAUGCUGCUGUGACUGUGACGAUCUGGAUGAAGCUUGCAGCAGGUGGCUGAAGGGUGAGCCUCAGAAACCUGACUGUGCGUUGCCUGUGUUUGGUGCAGUGAUGGACCGGCUGAGGUUGAGACUGUUAUCAGGGGACAGGCGGGUGGAGAUCUCCAUGGUCCCAGCUUUAGUGCUGCUUCCCAUGCUACUGCGGCUGGCAGCCCUGCACUUCCUGCUGGGCCUGGUCAUUCUGACAGCCCUGCCUGGCCUGGUGCUGUGGUACUACUACGCCACACACCGGAAGAAGGGCCGCACCCUCUUCUUCCUCAGCCUAGCGCUCUUCUCCCUAGCCUACAUGUACUUCCUCUUCAUCACAGAGAUCCUACCUCGUGGGGACGUAAGUCACCUGCAGCUGGUGACCGUGACAACGGGUGUGGUUCUUACUCUUAUCUCUCUUGUGCGCACAAAGAUGGGGCCAGGCUUCGUGCAGCCUUCCCUGGCUGACACGCACAGCACCAGCACCAAUCAUUACCAACUGUCUGACAAAGACUCUGCCUCUCAGAAUGGAGUGGACCAGUCAGUGUUGCCAGCCCCCCCAGCCAGACCAGUGGAACAGCAGACACAGUCGCUGACAGUGAAGGGGGGCAGGUGUCCUCUGUGCAAAGUGGUGCGUCCCCCUCGGGCGGGACAUUGCCGGAUCUGUGGAGGCUGUGUCCAGCGCCUGGACCACCACUGUAUCUGGAUUAACAGCUGUGUGGGCCAGGCUAAUCAUCGCAGCUUCCUGCUGACCCUGCUCCUCUUUCUGUUGACCUCUCUGUAUGGGGUCAGUCUGGUGCUGCGCAGCGUGUGUCCCCAACAGAACCUGCUUACCGCCCUACUCUACUGCCCUGGUGUCUACAGUCAGUACAGCUCAGCCCUGUGCUUCACCUGUGCCUGGUACAGCAGUAUUGUCACAGCAGGCCUGCUAAACCUGCUGGUGCUGCAACUUAUCAAUAUCAGCUACAAUGUGACAGAACGGGAGGCACAACUUGCACUGCGGAGGAAAAAUGGCCAGAGUCGUCCGUGUGGCCUUGUUGACGACACAGGGGUCUACUCACGUGGCUUCUGCCAGAACUGGGCUGAAUUCCUGGCAAUGGGAGAGCCUGUCGAUAGACCAUCCUCCGUCCUCACUGACUUGGUUUAG